AUGAGCUACUCCAUCCAGGCAGUGUUCGAGCCGGGGACUGAGUCUUCUCCCGAGCCCGACGACAACGGUACAGGGUCGCCACUCUCACAAGACCAAAAGCACACCGAGCGAAUGAAAGAACUGAGCAACAUCCGUCCGCAUACACCUGUAUCGCUCGCUGGGUAUCUCAGGCAACGCAAAUAUCCUCAGAAGGUCCAGAAGGUUGCGGUACCUGAUCCAUAUGUUGGGCAGGUCGAAUACAUCAAUGACUACGAACUUGUCGUUGAGCAGUUCCAGCCGUUGAACACAGUGCCACAAGGCCUGGUCGCGAAGCAUGGCUUUGAUUUUGGCCCCGAGCAGAGACAUCUGCAUUUCAGAACUGACCACAGACUGCGCGAUAACCUGCGUCAACGAUCCCGAGCUUUGGCGCUCUUCAGAAAGGUCUUAUUUGUUCUCGGAUUUGACGAGAUAGAGACCCCGUUGCUUUUCAAGUCCACAUCAGAGGGCGCCAGAGAAUUCAUUGUACCGACCAGAUCCAAAGGCAUGGCUUAUGCUUUGCCACAAAGUCCUCAGCAAUACAAGCAGUUACUUAUGGCAUCUGGCGUCGUGAGGUACUUCCAAUUCGCAAAGUGCUUCCGCGACGAAGAUCUUCGAAGCGACAGGCAGCCCGAAUUCACACAAUUGGACCUUGAGAUGGCCUUUAGCGGUCCGGCCCAGGUGCGAAACGUCAUCACGGUACUUAUCAACAGAAUCGCCGAGAGCUGGAACCUUACCUGGCCACUGGACCACCCUCCCAUACGCCGCCCGUACGCAGAUGGGGAGGGACGAGACGAUAGCACUGACGAAGGGAUCAGCGACGACACCAAUGGAAACCCGAGAACCAUCAAGCACAAAGAUGCAGCCAAAGGCAACGCUCGCAAAACAAACAGGACCGAUAAUGAAGACCGAUUGCCGUUGUUGGGUAAGCCGACGCACAACAUACCAUCCCUAUCCUAUGAUGAGGCUAUGUGCUAUCAUGGCAGUGACAAACCAGACUUGAGAAUAAAGGGCACAAUCCACAGAGUCGAAGACUGGAUACCGCAAAGUCUGAAGGGUAUGAUGACUUCUUUGCAAGAGCCUAUCGUGGAGGCCUUCGCCCUGCGUCUGAAGCACCCGAGAGCCGCCAAAGGCACUGGUGGACCAGAAGUUUCGGAGGAAUUUAUCCGUGACUUUAUGGAUUCACCCGCAGGUCUGAGAUACAGCCAGAAUCCAGACGGGAUGCCUGGCAUAGCGGUCAUAAAUCCUCGGAAACCACUUGAGGGCCUAGCGGCGUUCGGCCACGAGGCUGCGGAGAAAUUCGUUGAGGCGUUGCAUCUCAGGGCUGGCGACAUUCUGGUACUCCAAAGCAGGCCAAAUGCCCGCGUGCGUGGCGGCUCAACUAUAUUGGGAGAUCUACGGAAAGAUCUUUUCCAUGCUGCAAUAGCAGCCGAUGUUCACGAAGUCGACAAAAAUAUCAUCGCUCCUUUCGGCCUGUGCUCCACACAUCAUCCAUUCACGUCGCCAGUUCCGGGUCAGGAUCUCGACAAACUUGCAACCGCCCCGUUGGACGUCGUUGGCGAUCAUUUCGAUCUUGUCAUCAAUGGCAUCGAGGUUGGAGGUGGCUCAAGGCGUAUUCACCAAGCCAGUGCGCAAGAAUAUAUUCUUCGCGACAUUCUCAAGCUGCCGGAAGGAAAAAUCAACGAGUUUAGCCAUCUUCUGAAGGCACUGGGUGAUGGCUGUCCGCCUCAUACUGGAUUCGCCUUUGGUUUCGAUCGCCUGAUGACAAUACUGACCAGGACGGCUACCAUUCGAGAUGUUAUCGCAUUCCCGAAGAGCGGUAGCGGUGAGGACCGGUUCGUUGGAUCACCAUCGCCCAUGACGAGGGAGCAGCUGGAGACCUACCAUCUCUCUGUUGCGCCAGACUCUUCAGCAACAGAAGUGACAGCGGAGCCUACAGCAGGCUCAGACAUCAAGAUCUCUCAAAAGGCAUGA